AUGACGCCGCGCAUUGCAAAUAAAUGCAAACUCGAGCCACCAGCUCAUCUCCAAAACCACACACUGGCAGGAAUGGGAAGGUCGCGAACAGUAUCAAAGGCAGACCGACGCUUUGAAAAGGCCGUCGCUGCGGUCGACAGGCACGGCGCCAGUCGCAGGAAAGCUGCUACAAUAGCUAAGAAAGGCGAGGGAGCGAGAUGGUUUUGAUACUGCGAAGCGGGCGGAAAGGAGUCGGAAGGAGGCAGAAAAAGCCGAAAAGGACGCAAUAGCAUACGAACGCACAAACAUUGCUCGAUUAGAAUUCGAGAAGCGUUCGCUGCAUGCCCGAGCCCUUGUGUACGGCGUCCCGAACGUUUCUGUUUGUCGCAUGCCAUUGAGACGGCAGUCGGCGCGGAGACUCAUUGCUGCGAAACGGGAAUUUGCUGCACGGAACGCAGCACAAGACAGUUAACGAAAUGGAGUUGACGGAUCAGCGCGUGCAGUGUCAGGAAAGACAUUCUUGAGUAAAAAAUUUUGCAUUUUGUUUGCACUGGCCAACCAUUUGGCUGUUCAAUUCUCAGGUGCAAUUUUGCAUAAAUGGGGGUUUCAAACAGGUAUAUCUUUUCAAAUAUGACAGCCAUGUUGAAUCUUCUGCACGCCUAUUGGCUCAAGUAGUGUGUACUGGGUAGGAUUGUGGUUGAAAUGAGACUACAAUGGAGACCAGAAGUAAAGCAGAAGAUGUUUUCUCAUUUA